UUUAACAGUUACCAGCCUCUUUUUUGUCACUCUGUAUGUUACCAUUUAAUUCUGUUCAAAUCUAUGUCUGUAUGGUUAAAUGGUACAAUAACCUGCUAAUAUAUCCUUUUUAUCCUGCAUACAGAUUCUAAGAGCUCCUUUUGAAGUCUAACUUAGCCAUAUCUGAGGACGACUUUGAAGAUUCCACACACCGUUACAAGAAAAAACCGCAAAGAAAGAACCGAAGGAAGAUGCAGAUUCACAGGAUUUGCCGAUUUGGGAAGAAGCCGAAGAAGAACACGAUUCACGAAAGACGACGUUACGACGCCGCCGGACGCCGUCACGCCGACCCCCAGCCUCUAGAUAAAAACAUUGAUGGAUACCCUAGAAUGGGGGUAUCUGGCCCAACAGAAAUAGCGGCCCAACCCAACCAAGCUCAGGCCCAGUCAGUUGGGCAAAAACUGGGAAGAAGCUGAAGUCUCAAGAGAGCUAGUGUCGCGUAAGAGACUUACAUGCACUCGGCCCGGCUGACACGCUCAGCCUCGGACCACCCUCGGCCGGCCUUUCAUCGGAGGAAGCAGAGCACGUGUACUCGGCCUUGGCCUAGGAUGCUACUGACCCGAGACCACAAGCAUGGAAGCUGCCUGACCAGUCAAAUCAGGGGGGCCCACGAUUGGACCCCUGCUACACCACCGUCAGAUUAGUUGUAGCCACCCUACUUGUAACCUAUUUUGUAUAGCCACUCUAGGGAUAAUGAUGUGG